UCGAAAGUAAAAUUUUUAUUGUAUAUUAUUAAAAACGCAAUUUUAUAUACAAAAAAAAAAAAAACAAAUGAUAUAAAAAUAAAUUUUUAUGUAAUAUUUUGUGAGCAUUUUAUUUAUUACAUUAAAAUGAAAAUAUCGUGUUUGAUAAUCGUAUGAUUUAAAAUAUAAAAUUGAAGAAAUUAAGAAUAAUUGUUAUAAGUAAAAGCCUCAUUGGUUUGUGUAUAUUGUUUGAUCAAGAACAUUUUUUACUGUAAAUCUAGUGUUCAGAUUGUAACAUUCAUAAUAGUAUUAUUAUAAUAAUUUGAAAAGACAAAAUCUAUGAAUAUUAUUUUCUUGUUAAUCAAUUUAAAAUAACAUAGUUUAUGAAUUUAAUAUUAUAAAGGUGGAAAAUUUAAAAAUGGCUGUUGAUAUAUCAGCACUGUCUAAAGAAGUUGAUGAGCUCAAUAGUGAAUAUAAAGAAUUAGAGGUUGCUAAUCAAAAAUAUGUUGAGCUUUUAGAAGGAUUAUAUAGCCAACAACAAAAAUGUUUCAAUGAAAUUAAACACCAAAGAUAUCGAUUAGGGCAAAUUACUUCACAAUUAGCUAAAGUUAAAAUAGAAAAGAAUUCCAAAGAUGCAGAAACUAUAGCAGAAUUGGAAAAAAAUGUUAUUAAAAGAAAAGCUCAAUUGCAUGAAAUAGAACAGUCUCUGCCAAGAAAAUCAGGAUUUUAUUUACAAAUUAUUUUAGGAGAUGUAAACGUUUCAAUUCUAAAUAGAAAUGAUAAAGUCCGAUAUAAAGAUGAUUAUGAAAAAUUUAAAUUAGUACUCAAUGUAAUAGGAUUAGUGAUGGCAUUUUUAAAUUUAUGGUUAAAUUACAGAGCACUGGAAUUAGCAUUUAUAUUUUUAUUAGUUUGGUAUUAUUGUACUUUAACAAUACGUGAAAGUAUAUUAAAAGUGAAUGGUUCAAGAAUAAAAGGCUGGUGGAGAGCACAUCAUUUUAUAUCAACAGUUUGUUCUGGUGUAUUAUUAAUAUGGCCACAAGGUGAAACAUGGCAAUUAUUUCGGCAUCAAUUCAUGUAUUUCAAUGCUUAUAUAAGUAUGGUACAAUAUUUACAAUUUCGAUAUCAAAAAGGACUUUUAUAUCGUUUAAAAGCAUUGGGUGAACGUCAUAAUAUGGAUAUUACAAUUGAGGGAUUUCAUUCAUGGAUGUGGCGAGGAUUAAGCUUUUUAUUACCAUUUUUAUUUGCUGGUUAUGCAUUCCAAGCUUACAUGAGUUAUGUAUUAUAUAAAUUAUCAUAUCAUCCGGAAAUGACUUGGCAGAUUCCAGCAUUGAGUUUAUUAUUUGGAUUACUUUUUAUUGGUAAUACAACGACCACAUUAUUAACAUUAAGAGAAAAAAUUCGUGAAAGAGUUAAGGAACGUUAUCGGUUAAUGAGUGUAUCAUGGUCUAUGAAACAAAGGAAUCAAAUUAAGGAUGAAAUCAGUAGCUCUGACGAUCAAAGUAUUAGCAGCACCGUUAAUAAUACACCAGUUAAAACAAAAUCUAGUAUUAACUCUACCGUUGGUACCAGCUCCGAAAUUAAUAAUUCCAUUAAGAGUAAUAAUGUUGGAAUAACAAAUUCUAAAAUUGCUAAUGAUGUCGCUCCUACUACCGCUGAUGCUAACAACGAUGAAAAAUCCACCUCAAAUAUCAUCACUACCAAAACUGUUGAUAAGAAAACACAAUAAACGGAAAAAUAGAAGCUGUGCUUUUUUGUUUUUUUUUUUUUUUUUGAACUAAUAGAAAUAAUAGAAUACCUAUAUAUAUACAAAAAACAAAAUGUAAAAAAUAAGUUAAAAACAAUAGGGAAUAAAAAUAUGCAAACAUAAAAAAACAAUUAUGUUGUAAAAUUGAAAUUAACAAAAAGAAAAAAAUAGCAAAACAAAAAUAUAUUGAAAAUACAUACAAAUAUAAGUGUAUUCAUAAGAGAUAAUUCUGUGGCAAAAAAGAAUAAUCGUUAAAGUCGGCUUUAUCGAAAAAUUAAAUAAUUAUAUGCUGUAAUGUUUUCGAUUUUCAAAUCUGUCCGAAAAAUGUCCGAAAAAAUUUUGUGCGUACUGAUCAUUUAUUUUGACUAUUCUACUAGAAAUUUUCGCUAAUAGUUUAAAAUGAAUAUUACUAGAAUAGAAUCCUUAAAUUUGAAAUAAAUAAGCUAGAAUAAUGAACAAAAAAUACUUAAAUCUAACGUAAUCAAAAAUUCAAAUUUAAUUCGAUUGCAAUCAUAAGUAGAAUUAAACUCAUGAAAAUCAGCAAUAAUCAAUUUUAGUGAUUAUUCCUUUUUACCACACCUGUACUGAAAAUAUUUACAGAACUAUACAAAAAAAAAAACAAAGAUAUACAAUGUAAUCAUUCAUCACAAGAAAAAUAAUUUUAUAUAUUAUAUAAUUAUACAUAAUUACUAAAUCUUACAUGGUAGAUUAUUAAAUCUAAUCCUAUAAAAAAUUUUCCGGCCUAUAUCAUAUUACAAAACAACAAAACCAAAAUAAUAAUAGAAAACUAAAUAAAUUGUAAAAAACGAAAAAAAUUAUCAGAAUCAUUCUUUUAGUUCCUUGAAUUUUUUUUUACCCUUUAUUAAAUUUCCUAAUACUUAUACACCUUUAUAUUAUAAAAAAACAAAUGAAACGAUUUUAAAAUAAUAAAAGCAUUUCAA